AUGGAUCCUGAUGAUCUUGUUAGUUCUUGGACUAUGAUUGAGAAACAAUCGGAUGUUGCCGUCGACGCAUAUGCAGAUGCUUCCAUGUCAUGCCUUUCACAGAACCAACCUCGGCAGGCUUUGCAAAAUUUAACUGAAGGGAUCAAAUAUUUAAGUUGGAGGACCAUAGCCCGGAGCGACUUUCGAUCUAAGAAACCGAAACUUCCACGACUUGAUGUCAAACCCCUCCCAGAAGAUCUCGAAACCAUCCAUAGCGCCUUCGAUCCGAAGUUCACAGCUGAUGUCGAAGCAGAUCUUGCGAAGAAGGACGCAGAAGCAAGUGCGGCCAUCGCGGCUAAUGAGACUAGCAUCACACAAAGGCUUGAGCCUGAACAGUAUUCGUACACGACAACAGAUGCCCUGCACAAAGUCUUCUACGAGAGUGCACUACUACCAUGCAACUGCACACAUCCAAAAGAGCCAUUUGAUUUGAUGAAACAACAUGCAUGUGUUUUGAGGUUAAACGGUAGUUGGGAUAGUGCCGGAAACUCUAGCCACUAUUUCUUCGAGUCAGUUCUCGCCAUCGAUAGCAGUUAUGAUUGGAAGAAGAUUCAAUUUCGGAUCCCUAGGAAAGACACAAAAGUUACUUUGAAGACUCAUGACCGGAAAGGCAGUCUUGCAUACGCCUCAAAGGACAGGAAUACAGAAAUGUCAAAAGGUUUGGACUUGGAAAUAGACAGCAUGAAAGACCCGGACGUACAUGCAGAAAUUCUGAACGAUAUGUGCGCACUUCUUGAUGACGACACGUUCGAUCUUGCUAUACCUGUGCAGCUAGAAAUAGGAAAGCAAGACUAUAGCUUCUACCAGCUCAGUCCAGUCCAUAUUGAUGGAUCACCAGGCGAUAGCCUAGAUCCAAUUUCCUUGUUGAGGGCCAUCCAGGACAACAUGAUCUCUGUGAAGAGCAAGAUCUUGCUAGCCUUCACUUUGGCAAAGUACUUUUGGCAGUUUUACUCAUCGAACUGGAUGCAUUGUGUGUGGAAUCUUGAGACGAUCGUUUUACUGCCUCAAACUCCUGGAUACAACUCACUAAAUGUUGAGGCAAAAACACCCUUCCUAUCAAUCAAUACAGGGACCUCAGAGAAACCAAGACUAUCUGAAACCCAAGAAUUGGACCCGUCUUACCCGACCAUGCAGAAGAGAUUAUGGCACCCAUAUCCGCAUAUACUAAAUUUGGGGCUCCUGCUAGUGCUUUUGGGUACGAAAGGUGGUGCUGCAGGCAGGGCACUGAACACAUUAAACUCUGAAUACUCCUUCUGCAAGAGUCAGCUGAAAGACAAAAAAUGGCCUCAUUUCGACUCUUCAGAACAAGUCAAGGAAAUUUAUAGGAAUGCGGUGCGGUAUUGCGUGCCUGAAUCUAAGGAAAAUAUUCAUAUCAACUUAGCUGAGCGACGUCAGAUGUUGUUCGAUAAGGUCACGCGUCCUUUGUUCAACCUUUUGCAAAGUAUGCAAGAUCCUUUCGAGAAUGAAAUUCUAUCAGAAGGGAAGGGGGGACUUCAGGGCAGUAGAGAGGACACCGAAGGAAUGGAUAGUAUCCAAAAAGAUCCCGGCCAACAGUCCGAGAAUUGGAUAACCAAGAUCACAGAUUCGAACCUGUAUAGAGAGUUGCAAAGGGAGUACAAAAGGACGGAUAAAGCAAGACCAAAAAUCGCUCUCAUAGACACUGGCUACGAUCCUGAAGCCGCCUUCCUUCGCAGGAGAUAUCAUAGCAAUCGUCUAUCCAACCAUCCGCAGUACCAUUGGAAAGACUUCUGCGAAGAAAACGCUGUCAAACCAUUGGAUGCAGAUGGACAUGGUACAUCCAUGCUCUCUCUGCUUAUGCGACUUGCCCCAUUCGCAGAUAUAUGUGUGGCGCGAAUAGCACGUAUGGAUCAAGACCUGCAAGGCAAUCAAUCAAGUUCGAGCCGGAAACGCCUGGCAGAUGCGAUAAGAUGGGCGGUAGAUGAGCAUAAGGCUGAUAUUGUUUCGGCAUCUCUUGGAUGGAUCCAGGUGAACCACGAUACUGAUCGCUGUGCUGUGACAAGUGCUAUUGCCUACGCCAAACAUGCUCGUGAUGAAAACAUCCUUUUCUUUGCUUCUGCUUCGAAUUUUGGAGCAGGCAAACAUGAGCUGUUUCCAGCAAGACUUCCUGAAGUCUUCUCAAUCCGUGCGACAGACCAUGAAGGGCAACAUUGCAGCUUCAACGCUUCACUCCCUGCAAAGGUUGGAAUUGAGGUGUAUGGUACCCUUGGAAAAAAUGUUCCAACGGCACAAAGAGGAAAAAAGGAAGCACUCAUUGCACGAAACGGCACUUCUCCAGCGACGGCUAUAGCAGCCGGUAUUGCCGCUCUCAUCAUUGCAUAUGUCAACAACUGUGAUACCACAGGUCAAUGGCAAUAUCUGAAGCAGAAAGCAGGAUUUGAGAAGCUAUUGGACGAGAUUGCGACAAGGCCCGAAACACAGAAACGGUUUCUGACUCUUGAGAAUGUGUACAAUGACUUGGAUCAUCUCAAGAGCCUUAUGACUAGUGUCUGCUCCAAAUCUCGAAUACAGUAG